CAGUAAAAGAUUAGAGGUCAUUGAGAGAGAUUAAAAACAUUCACAUUGUUUGCAUCUAAAAUUAAUAAGAUAUUGUAAUACAAAUUUGUAAUUUGUUUGCAUCAGUAUUGACGGCUGCAUAAUCACGCGUGGUUUCCUGGGGAGGAAAUUGUCUAUCUUUGUCCUUUCGCUUGGUGAGCGGCCAACAGUCCAGAUGGCAGAACAAAUGUUGCAGUUGAUUGAAGAUCCGUUUUGCCGUUUUACCCAACGUUUGUUUGUCGUUUACAAACAGUACUGCUUUACUGUGUAGCUAUGAAGUUCCGUGAGGUCGAUGGAGUGAAAGUUUUUGAACCAACACUGGAGGAAUUUCAAGAUUUUGGAGGCUGUAUCAGAGAGAUAGAAAGGCAAGGUGCCGCGAGCACUGGUCUUGCCAAGGUGAAUUUCUCUUCGUUCUCAUCUGUAUAUAAAUGUAUGUUUGUUUCAACAACUUUAGGAUAUUUAUUGGUCAUGUGUUUUUAAGGUCGUACCACCCAAAGGAUGGCAAGCAAGAAAGGACUACACGACAAUCAAAACCGGCGAAUUUCGCAUUCCUGCACCGAUAUCACAAAUCUUUCAAGGUCGCCAAGGUUAGUAGCUUAGUGUUAAUUUAAAACAUUCAAUUAUUAUUUGUCGUCGCUAAGGGUGUGAACUCUUUUUAAACCUUCUAUAUAACAGUAUAUAUUUAUAUUUCAGGAUUAUACGAACAGUAUAAUAUUUUGAAGAAAGCGACAACUGUAGGGGAAUUUGAGAAACUCGCGAACAGUGAAAGGUAC